AUGCUGACUGCAUUAUCUCUGCAUAAAGACCCUCCCAGAAAGCGUGUGGACUCUCCAAUGCUGAACAGACAUGGGAAGCGGAGGCCAGAAAGGAAGUCAAUGGAGGUCCUGAGUGUGACAGAUGGAGGAUCCCCAGUUCCAGCUCGCAGAGCGAUUGAAAUGGCACAGCAUGGACAGAGGUAGGUGGUCCCCAAAGCCAAAAGUCAGGAAGUCUGUGCCAUCAGAGUUUCGGAAGCCAUCUCAGCUGGCACCAUUAUGUUUAUCCAGGUGAAGGAGCAUCAGUCUAGGUUUUCUCACAGUAGCCUGUGCAGAAAUCUGUAAGGAAGAUUACUUAAUUACUCUAGUUACUGUUGCUUUUUUAAAAAAUAUAUGUAUACUUUUUUACUCCUUUGCUUCCAGCAUUUCAGAGCAGUGCUGGGAGGAGGGAAUAAUUACCAAUAGAAGCUUGCAUAGGCUAAAGAUAAACAUCUUAGCUAAAUAAAAAGUGUCACCAUAGCCUCUGGUCUCAUCCAAAAAUGUGUGCAUGUUUCUUACGUGAAAAUCAAUUAUUUCCAAACUCUGUCUGAAGAAACAUGGCAGCCAUGGUGUUGCAGUGAGCAGCAGACGGCCAUAAAUAAAUAAAUAAAUAAAUAAAUAAAUAAAUAAAGGUGUUCCCAGAAGGCAUAAGCUCAGUGAACUUCUUUGGGGUCUUCUGGUUAUAUUCUGAAUGGGACAGAAAGUCUAAAGGCUGAAGAGAUGAAAGGAAAUCCCCAUGUGUGUUAAAACUAUAUAGAAAUGUACUAAAGAACUCUGUGCAUCUAGGUUAAUUUAAUUUUUUCCAACACAGACCUGUGCCUCAGUUGUUAGCAGUUAUCCUCCCCAACUUUAGCUGAUGUCCAGUCGCCAAGUAGAAAACACAAGAGGGCCUGUAGUCCAGUGCAGUUAAACCUCUAGUGUGUGCAAAGAGCAAUUUGCCAAGACUAACCAAAUUUGAUUGCUGGGGGUACAUAGCUGUGCACUGUACAGUUUUUGGUCUGAGAUAUGCGGCAACAGGAUGCCUGAAAAGUAAGUAGUGAAAUGGUAAUUUGGUAAAUGUAUUCUGAUGUAGUGGUUGAGGCCAAUUUGAUCAGAGAUGACAGGCUAAAAAGCAAGUGUAAGCAUGGUGAGGCUAAACUGCUACAAUACUGAGCUAUCACCAUUGAUUACAUAGGCUCCCUUGUCUCAACUCUAAAAGUCCAUUUUGGGUGCUGAGAAUUUUGCUUACCUAACAAUGAAGCUCUUCAGGAACAGAAUGAUGGAGACAGCUUGUGAUAAUAGCACAAACUCACCUGCAGACAGUUACCAUGCUGUUUUGCAUUCCAGUUGUUUACAUCAGGCACUUGUCUGGGUAGAAUUUGCUAGGGCUAGCCAACUGAGAAAGAAAACCCAAAUUAGGAAGAAUGUCAUUUCCUGAUUCUAAGAUCUUGCCUUAAUCCUGAUACAUCAAAGUAGCUUGCACAAUUCCUGCUAUCUCUCACCUUGGGAUGGCAGUUGCAUAGCAGAUUCUCAGGAAAGUGCAAAUAUUACACAGCUUUGUCUCUCACCAAAUGAGAGUGUGUGCUUUUAUUUAUUUGAAUGUUGGCAGGGGAUGGGGAGCAUGAACACUGCUUUAGUAGAAACUGAUAAAUUGACAGAAGUCCAGAGAAUUUUUUCCGAAGAGAUGCUUUUAUACAAAAGGUUGUGCCACACAGCAAAGGAUGUGUCCAUAUUUUUGUGAGUCAGAAUGCAUGCCAAAUACAACAUCUGCGCUUUUGCUCAUAUAGUUGAUUGCUAGGCCAUAGCUGCUAAAGGAAGGUACCAAUGUGUGAUUGUGAACAGGGAAAUGGAACAGACAUAGAAUGAAUUAUUAUUUUUUUACUGUACUUUGGUAAAUCAGAUGAGCCACCUCAUCUUCAGAUUGCAAAGGCAUACAGCAUAGACUACUGGCAGUGUACUUAUUCAGAACAUGGAUUGUUCAUUAACAACAAAGGUGUUUGGAGAUGGUUACCAUCUGACAGGAAGACUGUCAGUACCAUCAGUAAUAAAACCCAAGUACAUCCAACCAAGAGGCAAACAUUGUAAGGCUCCCAGCAUAGUAUUAUGCUCCAAGUAGCAUUUGAAAGGAAUUUUUGUUAGAGUUCCAUCUGCCCUUAAGAACAACAUUCUCAAGGUAUAUGUUCACUAGAGACAUAAGUGGUCCAGCACUAAUUCCCUUUCCUAAAACAGUUUGGAAAUUGUAGUUCUAACAGGAUUUAUAACAGAUAAUUCUCAGCAUCCUUACCUAGGAACCUUUGAUGUGUCAAUACACUGCAGGUGGUGGUACAAAACCCAAGGUUUGUGGCACAAAACCACACAAAAUCUUGGCAUAGGUUUGGGGGGGAAAUAAGAGUUGGGGUUCAUAGUUAAUGCAGCUGAAAGGACAAAUAUUAAUGGGCUUUGGAAAGAACCUCUAUCCUUUCUUUGACAUAUUUGUGAAGAAUAUUUAAUAUCAUGCGAAACCUGCCAAGGGGUGGGAUGAGGGAGCUAUGUACCAGCAUAACUCUACCUUCAGUUGCUUUCUGUCUGUCUGUGCUUGGAAUGUUUUGUUGCCAUGCACUGUCUUCCUGGCUGCCUGAGACUCAAAAGUGCACAGGUAUCUGUUGUGCUGGUUUGACUGGCCUAUUGUAAUCCUGCUAGUUGCCAACCCUAAUGUACUGUAAGGAAAAAGUGUUACUUAGCUUCUUCAGUGCUUUACAUUUUUCCCCCCCAGUGUAUCUGACUCUUUAUAUAUUCCUUGCCUCUUCCCUCCCUGUUCACUAUUACUGAGGGAAGAGAUAAAAUGCAGUGUUGAAUAUCCCAAAACCUACUUGGCUUUCAAUACUUCUCUACUGAAAAUCCUGCUUCCUCCAUUUGCUGUUUUGGUUACUGUAAACAUCAUUUCCUUUUAUUCUUUCUAUUCUGGGGACUUUAGUACAUUGUUCUUCAUCAUAUUUAAACUCAGCCUUUCAUCUCCCCCAAGAUACAUCAAUGCCAUAGCAGCUGCCACGUUCAUGGUGCAUUUUCCUGCAACAGGUUCUUUUUUUCUCCCUGGGUGUCAUAGGCUUUUAGGUUUCUCUUAAAGCAAACAGAAUGAAGUACAGAGAGCAGAUUAAGAACUGGAAGGGGAGCUGAGAGAGUUGGUUCCAUCAACAAACUGGUGUCCUUUUUCUUGUGGGUACUUUACACUGAUUAUCUGGAAUGACAACUUUCAUUUGGGUCUGGUAUACUCCAGAUCAACUGUCCAUAGGCCAGACCUGUCUUUUAGGCCUUUGUUUGCAGCUGAGGCCAUGGGGGGAGGGGGGACUUGUGGGAACAAGGUAUGUAUAGCAGAGGCCAUUUUGAACCACUUAACUGAAUCUGCAUUCUUCAGACCAUGUUUAAUAUUGGUGGCCUCAGCUGAAUUCUGACAUGUCUCACAAAUCUCUGUGAGGAAUAUGAUUCUACUUUGGGUCAGCAUUUCCUCAUCGGCUAACUUGGGUUUGGGGAAGGCAUGUGCAAGGAGUUUUAGAGACAUGGUUUGUAUAAAAUGAAUCUUGCCUCAUGCCACCAUGACCAACUUGAGAGUUGCGGUUUGAGCCUGCAUCAUCAAAUUCAGUAUCCAAAUCUCCCCACUUGCUUCAUUGGUGUAGUAUAAGCCAAAUCUAAGUUGAGUACACCCAUAAAUUUGGUACCUUUACGGGGCAAGACACCCAGUUGGUAAAGGAACACAGUUCUGAUCCCUGUUCCAGAGCAUUUCUUCAAAAUGGGUGGGGUAACUUUGGGUGGGUGGGUCUCAGGGACUGCGUCAGGCAAAUCUCAUAUGAAUGUCCACAUUAGUAACUCUGUUUUCUCACUUUGUUCCUGCCAUAGUAAAACAAUGUUCAGUAAAAGCCUGGAUAUCUGUGACGCCAAUCCCAAAUUCAACAAAGAAGAAAGGUAUAAACACCAACAAUCUGUUCCUCUCCUUUACCUCACUGCUAUUCCUUAAAGAUGCAGUACUUACCUUCUCCACUGGGGAAAAAUUUGCUUGCACUUGAGAGAAAGAGACCCAGUUUUGGGUGGACCAAUAGCUAGUUUUCUUCCACAUCAGCACACUAUUCCAGCCUUCCCCAGCCUGGCACCUUCCAGAUGCUGGACUAUCCCUGACUACUGACCGUGCUGACAAGGGAUGAUGGGAGUUGUAGUCCAAUAAUAUCUGGAGGGCACUGGGUUGGGGUUGCACUAGUGUGUUCUGUGACCAUGAGUCAGUAACUAAUUUACAGGAGAGCUACAGUGAGGAAGGAACAGGUGGUGACAAGCCAGGGUUCCUCCAUCUCCCAAAGUCCCUGGGAUGAAGCCACCUCUUCCUCCAUAUACCUUUCUUGCCUCUGUGCUGGCAAAUGGAGGAAGGCAGUGGUACUCCUGGGGAAGCCAAAAUUGGUAUUGGUAAACCAUUUAACCAGCCGUAGAAGGGCCCCCAAUCCUUAAGCAAAGUACAUAAAAUAUGUUAGCUACUCUCAUAGUAUUAUUAUUAUUAUUAUUAUUAGGCUGACUUUCCUUGCCCUCCUCAGCCAUGACAGUUCAGCUGCCAAAAGGUGCUGCGCUCUGCCAUAAGAGACAGGAGCAAGACUGUUAAUGGGAAAGCAGGCUUAAUAAUUGUGCAGUGCUGCCUUUGGCAUCUGAAGGGGGUUGUUAUCCAAAACAUCUGGAGGGCACCAGGUUGGCUAAGACUGGUGUAGCAGACGGAGUUUCCAAAGGUGCAGCUUUUCUCAUCUCUGCAUGACAAAAUGCACCAGCCAAAACUCUGUGUUGGUGUUGUUUUGGUGCAGCUGUUGAAGGAAUUGUUGCUACUUUUGAGUUGUUUCAUUUUUAAAACCUUUAACAGUGAUAAAAAUGAGGCAUAAAAGUAAUAGCACCAUGUAAUAUUUCCUGUCUUGUUAACAUUGACAAAGGCAGCACCCAGUUCAUUCACUUGAAAAAUGGAAUCUACUCUUUUCUAAUCAUCUGGAGAAUUAUUCAUUGCUUUAGAACAUUAACUAGGUUUUGAACCAUUUAAGUCCUUUCCUUUUGAACAUAGACAGCAGGUAGUGUCCAAAUCCCACUGAGAUAGAUGAGAGUUUUCUAGUUGUGGAUUGUACCCCUAGUUUAUCACCUAGAAACCUUUUGCAACUACACUCAUAUAAUCUGUAAGGAUGCAUGACAUAUACUUAAGCAUGUGGAGUCUCACUGUAGUUACAUAUGGGCAAAGAAAAAUAUUCUGCAUGUACUCAAAGGCACAUUGGUCUACACUCAACCUGCAGACCGGGGGAAAGAAGUCCUAGCCACUGCAUUAUGAAUAACACUUGAGUAUUCAAACUGCUCCAUAUACAUUGUCUUUUAAUCAUUACAGUUGCCCUAUUAGGUAGCUCACUAUAUCCAUUUUUGUAGUUUGGGAGCUAAGAGCAGAAGAGAGUUAUUAUUUAUAUAUACAAUUAUAUCCCACCUUUCCUCAUAUGUGGUUCUUCCCUAUUUAAUCCUCAUAAUCCCCUAUGAGGUAAAUUAGACUGAGAGACUGGCUUCCCAGUUUAGUGAAAAUUUGAACCCAGGGCUUCCAGGUUCUAGUCCAACACUCUACCCACCCCACCCCCGCUGGCUCUGAUCUGACUAGUGAGCACAUUGCAGGGGCAAGAUUUGAACUGGUUGCUUCCUAGUGUUAUCCACACUUUUGUUUAUCGACUGUUGUCCCUCUGCUUUUCCCCUGGGGAAAACCACUCUUUAGCACUGAAUAAGAGCAAACAGGUAUUGGGUUUUCCGCAGAUUGUUGUUUGUUCUGAUUUAGAGCUAAAGAUCGGGUUUUUCCUGGGAAAGAAGCAGAGCGGGGGGGACGGGACUGCUUGGACCUGUGCUUUCUAAGCAUGGGGCAAGUGGAAUUGUGGAUGAGCCCUCAGUCGCUAAGCCACUGCACUGCACUUGAGCUGGUAUUCAUAAUAUUGAAAAUGGGCUCUUGGACUGAGCUUUUGCGAACCUUGGCUCAAAUUAAGCCUAGAAACUGCUUUUGUAGGCCAAGAAAGUCCACUAAAUAAACUUUUUAAAGGACCUGCAGGUUUCUCAUUUAGAAGCUGCAGAUAGAGGGUACUCUGCCUGUCAGCAGAUGGAUGGUCUGAUUCUGGCGCAGCAUACAAGGCACUCAUUUUUGUGAGGGCCUGCAGGAAGAGAGCAUUGCAGCCAAGCUGCCAGGAACUCAUAAAAAGUUCACAAGCUGGGGAAAAAUAAUGAGCUGCUGUCUUGUGCAGUGCUCGUCAGGGAGUCCCCAAGCUCUGUUGCGGGAGCCAGAGCCUUGAUACAAAUCUCAGCCUGGAGUGACGGUUGUGGGAUGGGGUUCUGAAAACCUAACUACAUCUUGUUAGCCCUGUCAAAGUUCUUGCCAGACAGAUCAGGAUGAUAGCCCAGCCUUGGCCAUUUCCCCCUUCCUUAUCACUACAGUGGCUUUUGAUGCAUUUCCCUUAAGAAAAAAUAAAAGGUUUUACUAGAUCCUCCCACCAUCAUUCAACCCACCUUAACCUUUUUUCUCCUGUAGUUACACAAGUCUCAGCCAACUUACCAUUUCCCCAGAAUGGGUGCGUGCACUGUUUUUUCUUUUCUUUUGAAAAACAGACAAGUCUCACUUUGCUACAGCAGCCUCUCUUAGUUUUGAACUGCUUCUGUAACAGGGGAAAUGUAAUGCUGGCCUAUUUUAUAUGUUGAGCAUUGUUGAGACAGUGUUUGUGAAGCACAUGGAAUGCUUAGGAGGUGGAGACCUCUAUAAAUGCAUCAAUAUUUUAUUAGUGACAGGAGUAACAUUUCCAGUUCUGGUCCUUCCUGGAAGAACUCACAAAAGUAGGCUCCAUUUCACAUCUUUAAGUCAAUACAAAUGGACUUUUACAGUGGGUAUGCAUGAGCUGAACAAUUUUUGGGAAUGUCUCGAUUCAUAAACAGAUCACAACUCACCACAAGUCUCAACUAUUUCUUAGAAAAGUUUGUUGAAGUAGGACAUGCAGCAUCACAAUUUGAAGAUAAACCAUUUGUAAGAAUAGUUUAGCAAAUACAAAUCCACAGAAAAGAUCAACCAUACUCCAUAACCUUUUGUAUGAGACGAAUAUAUGGCCAUUGUACUCCCAUCUAUAGAAAUAAUUAUGAUUUGAAAGCCAUUGCAGAAAUCAGUUACAAACAGCACAAUCUUAACUCUGACCCAAAGUGGCAGUUUUCUGAUCUACGAAAGGAUGAAGAAAAUGGGGGGGGGGGACAUGUGUGAUCCACAAAGGGGAAAGGGGGAUUUCUAAAAUUUUAUGGGUUAGGUCUUUUUUAUGUACACUGAGGAAAAUGUUAUGGGAAGAUGAGAAAAUAUAGGUCCAAGUGCAGGAGCAGAAAAGAAGUGCAACAAAGAAAACCCCAUCAAAAUAUUUCCUUGUUGGGAUAACAAAUCACACAUUUGAAAUGGUGCCUGGUCAAUGUCUUAAUAUUUCUCUCACUCUUGGUUUAUUUUAAAAGGAAUACUGCAUCUUUAAGGAUCCUGCCCCUCUAGAUGCACACAGUUGUCUUGGUAGCUGAGGCCACUGUUUCUUUCCCUCCCUCUCUCCCUCCAUUUUCUCUCUCUCUCUCAAUCUCUCUCUCUCUCUCUCUCUCUCUCUCUCUCUUUUCUAGUCUUUCUAGUCUUUCUCUCUUUCUGUGUCUCUCAUCUGUUGCCCUGUCCCUCAGUGCUUCUUCUACAUCUGGGUUGCUGCAGCUCCGUAGUUCACAUGCUUCAGUACUGUAGGAAAUGCACAUGUCUGCGCUGCUGGGUUUAUUGUGUUCUGGGAUUAUUAUUUUUGUUUAAAUAACCUCAUUUCCCUACUUUCUUUCCCCAUUGUCAAUGUGAUGUCCAUACUCAUCGUUAAAAUCCUAAGUGCCUUUCCCUUUCUGGGAAAACUAAAGAUUAAUAGCAUUUAUGUGUCCACAUUGAUGUAAAAACACACACACAAAUUCUGUUUACUUUCUCAGCAUUUGUGUAUGUGUUAUGUGCAGUCACUUGCACAUUGAUUUACAUGCACAUCCAGAUAACCAGAUAAUGUACUUGGGAACAUCAAUUGUAAAAAUAUCUACACUGCUAAAUCUGGCAAGAAAAUGUGGCCUUUUAUAUAUGAAAAUGUGGGUUUAUAAGUUUAAUAUAUUCCUUCUCUACAUCAGUAAUAUUCACCAGAACUGCACAAAGAUGGAAGGUAUACAAGGACUAUACGGGAUGCACAAAGAAUAAUGUGUAUGGGUGUAAAUAAGUUAGAAAUAUGUGUCUGAUGGACCUUCUAGUAACACCUCAAAUCUGAUUGAAAGGACAUCUAUCCAAAUGGCAAUAUCAUUUAUGAAAUGGAGGAGAGUUGAGUGUUUUAUUUAUUUUACAUUUUUGACAUUUUUGGCAAAAUCCCUAAGUGGUUUACAAAAAUUAGGACAUCAAAAUACAACAAAUUGCAAUGAAUGCAUUGUUAAUAAGACAAUCAUUUAAACAGCAAGUCUGAACAUGAUAACGCUCUCAAGCAUCCAAAUACGCCUGAGUAGACAACUGAGAUUGAGCUUCUUCUAUCUCUCUUGUGGGGGACAGAGGGUUAGUGCUAUAACUGAAGAGGCCUGCUUCCAAAUGGUUUCCAGCUGGCAAUCCACUGGCCAUCCUACAGUGAACAGGGCCUGGUUAUUGUAAAGGAUGAUUUGGCCUAUAACAGGGGAGGUGGUCAUCUAGGUAUACUGGUCCCAAGUUGUUUAGGGCUUUACAUGUUAAUAAUAAAACUUUGAAUUCAGCUCGAUAGUAGAUAGCCACCUGAUGCAGAUCUUCAAGCACUGGUGUACAUACCUAGACACUCAGUACUCUCCAGCCACAAUAUUCUGCACAAGCUGCAAACCAAGUUUAAGAGCAGCACCCCAAACAGCAUGCUACACCAUGGACCACUAUCGCUGCCAAGGAAUGGGCAUAUCUGUCACACCAAACAAAGUUGGUAGUGAACACUAUGUGCCGCAGUAGUCACUUUGGUCUCUAUUGACAAAGAUUGAUCUAGGAUACUAUGUACCUACUCCGGUGGAGGAAAUGCAAACACAUCCAGAACAAGCAGACGUCUAAUUUCUUGACCAUGAGAAAGGCCUAUCUACUGUAUAGGGUUUCUGUCUUCCCGGGAGUCAUUCUCAGUUUAUUCCAUUAUUGUGGCCAGACACUGGUUCAGGAAAUUCACAUCUUGCCUGACCCAGAUGUUACAGUGAAACAGAGCUCUGCGUCAUCUGUCUAUUGGUGACUAUUUGCUUCAAAUCUCCUAAUGGCUGCUCCCAGUGGCUGCAUGUACCGUAGUUGUUAAAUAGUAUUGGGGACAUUGGAUAGGAUUCAUCUAAGGAACUCUGUCGGUGGAAGCUGUGCACAAGGACUUCUGCUUGUGCAGAAGUGAUUUUCCCUGCACUCUCCCCAAAUUGUUGGGGGGAGGGAGAACCACCAGAACAGCCCAUAGGAAUUGGAGAGGGGGGUUAUAUUAUUAUUAUUAUUAUUAUUAUUAUUAUUAUUAUCCAUCAGAUUACUUUGGUGGCUUCCAGCACAUACAAAAACAUAAUUAAACAUUAAACCAAGGCACAGUCCUCCAAUGCUACUCACUGGAACUAUUUCCAGUGGAGAUGAUCCAGGAGAAUACUGUGGUCAACAGUAUCAAAAGCUACUGAGAGAUCCAACAAGAUAAACUGGGUUGCACUCCCUCUGUUUCUCUGCUGGAAGUCAUCCAUCAGAGUGAUCAGGGCCAAUUCUGUCUUAAAACCACGUCUGAAUUCAGAUUGAAAUAGGUGCAGAUAAUCAGUUUCCUCCAAGAGUGCACCUGUAGGUGAGCAACCACCACCUUCUCAAGCACACUGCCCCCAAAAGGAGUAUUAGUAAACAGGUGGUAGUUGGAAUAAACCUCCGGAUCCCAGUACCGGCUUUUCAGAAGUGGUCACACAGUGAAAUGCAGUUUCACAAAGUGAUGCAUUUACCAAUCCCUGGAUCCACCUGGUUAACUCUGCAUGACUAGCUUUGAUCAGGCAUGAUGAGCAAGGGUCAAGAGAGUAAAUAGUAAGUAAAUAGGCAAACAUCUUGUCCACAUCCCCAGGCCUCAAAAAAACUGAGGCUGAUCCCAUAAAAUAAGACAAGACAGUUCACUGGAUGCUUUAUCAGACUCUGUUUCAGAAGCAGAAGACGGGAUCAGCUUGAGGGAGAGCAAUUUCACCUUCUGUGUGUCUUCUAAGCUGCUGUUUCUGGCUUAUGGCCCAAUAGUGCAUGUUAGGAUAGGGCAGUAAAUUUCCAUUGCCAGAACAGAAGAGGCUUGCUGUGGAGAUGAGUCUCCUAAAGCAGAAAGAGGAAGUAGUUUGACUAUCCUAUGACAAUCAACAUGUUAUCAUACAAUUAGGUAGAACUGUGGAGUUGGAAGGGACGUUAUUUAAUUGUUGUCUAAGACAUAGUAUUUCUUUACAGCUUCCAUGUUGCACAGUCUCAAUGCUGAGCAAACUUGAGAAAUAUACUUCAGAAACAUGAGGAAAGGCCAUCCUUUGGUGUAUCUAGUGUUUUGCACUCAAGUCCUUUAAAGUUUCCCAUAGGAAAUUGGCAUGUUGUUUGAGAUUGGCUUAACCAAAAGGCUCUUUUGUUUCUAUGACAGCCUCCUAGAGAAAGUUAGAUGACUUGGUUGGUGGGGUAAGCAACCAACCAACAAUGCACAGUACCUGGUUUAAAAGGAGAUUAAGACUUAAAUGAAAGCUUUUUAAAAUGAUCCCUACAGAAGUUGGGAAGAGGGAGACAAAAUUGGGAUAUGGGGGGGGGGGAAUGAAUAAUAAUCAUGCAAGUUUAUUCCACAAUACAUCUAAAGAUUUCUGCUUGCCCAUCACAAGUGUGAUGUGACUUGAGCAACAUUAAAAUGAAAACCAGGGUAGAAAUGUAACUUAGCAGUGUUAUAAUUUGUAGUAGGACAGAGAAACAGUUAACAUCUCUUUUAAUAGCGUGUGCUUAAGGCUGCAUUUAUUUUAUAUUGUGCAUUUAUUUUCCACUGUUUUUAGGCAGAGAACCCCUGGUUUUAAUUUUAAUUUAAUAAAAAUAGAUUUUUAUCUAUUUUGGAAAAAGUUGAAGGUCCUUUCAGCCAGAAUUAAAGUAGAGUUGCAACUUUGGACACAACCUACUCAGGAUUUCUACAUGAGUCUCACUCAGAUGAAUAGCAGCCAUGAAAGGCAAUACAUAUAUGUUUUUAUACAUUUCAGCAGAACAGGAGAAACUCCCAGUGAGUUACAUCCUUCACUUGUAGCUUUGUUCACCCGGGCCUCAUACCCAUUCAGAAAUAUUGGUCUUAAUUAUCAGUGCAUUUAACACUACAUAUAAAGUAUAGAUAUACACAGUGGAAAAGGAGAUUCCUAGCUGGUCAUCACUGGGCAGGAGAAUCUUACAUGAGCAAAAUGGAGGAAGAUCCACAUCCUUUUCAGUACAGCCCACUGUGCAAAAUCUGAUUAUUUGCCAUAAAUAAAAACAACCGCAAAUCAGAUCUGGACUGCUAACUCCACAGACUGGCUUAAUGAGGGUGGGCAAGCAAUGUUUUAUUUUUCACGUUUACACUUGAUGUGUCUGCCCCCAUAAUCCCAGAUGCAAACUUCUUCUAUGAUUAUGAGCUAUAUGGAAAUAUUUGUUUAGGAAAUGAAAACCUCCCCCUUCCCAUGCGUAAUUCCCCACUGGUGCUUCCAUCAGCAGCAGAUGCCUGUGGCAAUAAUUAUGACCAUGUAGUUCUCCGAACAGUAUUUCACUCUGCUUUUCGUACUCUUUUCUCCACCUGCUUCCACGUCCCUUUCUUUCUCUCUCCUUCUCCUCUAUUUAUUCCCCACUGCCAAGGAUGACAAGUGCUGACGCAUUGGGGUAAGCUCCAGUUUUGGAUUAUACCUGUUGUGGGACCUGUUGUUUUCUUCUUGGUAGAGAAGUUUCUUUUAAUGAUCACAGUAUAAAUAUUAUUUAUCAUGAAACUGUGUUACGGGGGGGGGGAACGUACAGGAGGAAAAAUAUAUAUAUACAACAAUGUUUGUGUGUGUGUUUGUGAGUGAGGGGGAGAAAACACUUGCUCUGACUUCACAUGCAUCUUAGAAGCCUAGUGCAUAGUGAGGGCAAAUUUCAAUAUGACAUCUUGGCAACUGUGAUCAGAGCUCCUAUAAUUUAUUUAUUUUUUUACAUUUGUUUUUGAAAAGGUAAAUAUUAAAACCAGCUUAGGGAAGGGAGCUGAACUGAAUCAAGGUCACUGUGGUGGGGAUCAGCAGUUAACCUUUUUUCCUCCUAUCAUCUUCCCAGCUAAAAUCCUUCCAGCUGCUAUUCGUCCAGUGGGGGAACACUUACAAAUACUAUAUUGGAACCUAUAUUUUCCCCUCAAAGAACAUAUAGCAUCUUUGGAGGGGGCAACUUAGACCAGGAUAAUAGUGCAGGAGGGAAGAGUUACCCUCAGCCCCCUCCCCCCCCCCCCAGCUGCUUUUACAUUCUUUUAAAAAAAUGUCUUGCUUGGCCCACUGACAAAACUACCUCAUCCUUACACUGAGGGCAUAGCCUAAAAUGUAACGUAUGCUGUGUAGGAUGGGGUGGGUGGGUGUAUGGGUGUGUGUGUGACUGAUGGUAUUUGUAAUCCAGUAGCAUCUGGAGGACCACAGAUCCCCCCCCAAACCUGUUGUCAAGCCACAAGGUUCUAUGGGGGAGCCUCCCUGUGGUAUGAAUUUAUAUUUAUAUGACUUUUGAUGGCUUUGUGCAUAAUGUCUAAUAAAGAAAAGCCCCCUGGCAGUUGAACUGCAAAGCAAGACCUUUAUAGCCAUGGUCAUGGUGCUGGGCCUUCCUGCUUUCUGUGCUCUAUCAACGGAGACUCAAGGGGAGCCAGCAGAGAGUAGAGCCAACUGCCUCCAUCUCUUCCUGCUAUGUCCAGUUCUCACACUUAUAUAACAAGCAGCUGGGCAGAAAAGUCCGCAUCAGGCCAACCACAAUAGCAACAGUUCCUUCUCAUCUCCAUUAAGCUGUAUUGAACUUACACACAGGGUUGUUUUUUUCCAAGUGCCGCCAUCCUUUGUGGUUGGGUAAAAGGUACUGCAGCCUCAGAAUGGCCGACAUGGUUGUUGUAAGCUGCCCUGUGCACCGUAUUGGGAGGAAGGGAGGGAUAUAAAAUUAUUUAAUCAACAAACUGGCCGCAGUUUGUAUGCAGCUCCUUAUUGUCUUCAUGGUGUGGGAUGUGCUUAAAUGACGGCUGAUACAGGUGAAAUGUGGAACUUGAUAGUCAGAAGGAGCUGCUGCAGUUUCAGAGCAGGUGCUUGGUCGGCUCAGUUGGCUUCAGGAUUCCAUGGUGGUGAAUUUUCUGUCACCUAUUUAGUCACAGUGACAGCAAAAGCAAUAUGUCUCUGUGGAUGCAUUGCUUCCACUAUUGUCUAAUCAUCCUGACUCUGCUUCCAAUAUCUAAGCACCUUCUGAAGAAAAGGAGUGCUGUACCAAAUGACACAAAACCCUACUGGCAUGAAUAUUGUAUGUGUGUAUGUAUGCGUGUGCACAUACAGAAUUUUAGAACGUGAAACAUCCAUAAAGAGGAUCCUGUAGUGAAAUAUAUAGAGUCCUAUUCUCUUAUCUGAGUCACCCUCUCACCAGCCUCUACUUAAACAAACACUAGAAGGCAUGAAUGUUGACACCCUUCUCUCCUCCUGCUGAAAACUACUAGCAUUUUACAUUUUUCCACAACUUGGAACAUGACUACUGAUCCCCUGUGAUGAAACUGAGCAGGCAACUUUCAGAAUUUUAAAAGAGCCCAGAGGUGCUGUUAAAAAUGUACAUGAAAGGGCCCCCAGUCUGAAUGGAACCUCCUGACUCUGUAGAAUUCUCAAACCCUAUCCUCAUGCUACAUCCACAAGCAUAACCUACUCAUAUUCCUGAGUAGAAUUUCUGCAAUCUGCUGUGGCAUGGCCUUUCUACCUCUAACAAAUGCAAGAACAACAAAAAGUAGCAUAAAUUUGUCAGGUGCUAUUUUUUCUGGCAUGGAGAUACAAAGUAGGCAAUGCUUUUCCUGUUGAAUUUCUAUUUAUUAAGCUGUGUCAAAGGUACAAGAGUCCUGUCUGGGGUCAAAAGGCACCAGACACACACCUCUCUCUCUCUCUCUCUCUCUCUCUCUCUCAUAUAUCCGUCCUUUUUUUAUUACUGUUGCUUUCCUGGGGAAUGGCAGAUUAUAGAAGCAGAAAGACCCCUUUCCACUUUCUUAAGCAAAACCCCCCAAAACCCUGAAGGUCAUAUUUGACCAGUUUGCUUUUUUUGUUUUAUUUGCUGGGGGGGCGGGCUGACAGGUUUUUGUUUGUUUGUAUUGAAUCCUGAGAGAAAUAAUCACUUUGGGGCAGUUAGAUCAUUUAAAGCAUUUUUAAAAAAUCAAUCACAUCAGAAGAGAUUUGGUUGCCCAGUUAACAAACCAAACUGCCUAUAGUUCAUCAUAAGGGGAACUGUGAGACACAGGAAUGUGGCAGGCUGAUGAAGAGGUGUUGACAUUUCCAUUCCACCUUAAGGAGCAGACGUGUGGAACUGUGUGUCACAUGUCUGUUUACAUUCCAUGAUUCAUGGUCUUUCUACGGCCUUUCCCUUUACAGGUGUGAAAAAUGUUUCCAGUUUCUAAAAUAGUUUUGCUGUGAAGCAGGAUAAGGAUCAAACAUGUUUCAUAUAUUCUGGUAUAAUUUCUAACAGACACAUAUUCAGAGUUGUUGUUGUUGUUGUUGCUGUUAUUGUUGUUUAGGGCCUGAAAUUUAAUAAAAGAUCAUGUAGUCCCUGUCCACAGGUUUCAAUCAUAUAGACAUAAUAUAAAAGAAAAAAGAGAUGGGAAGGAAAGAGCAAAGCAGCUGCUCUUUCAAUGGCCAAUGUAUGGGGUCAGGCUGAUCUCUUCCCUGCCUGUACAGUCUUCCUGGGAGGCAAGGAUUGCCUUGACUGGUGGAAGAGGUCAGAGAGUGGCUCUUUUCAAUUCUGCAGCCCCAAGUUCCUGGCAGUUGGAGCAGGCUGUUCAUUCAUGGGAGGGGGAAGGACAAACUCCUUGCAGCUGCUCCUGCUCUGGCUUACAGAUGGAGCCAGGAUUGCCUCAUCAUUGCCAUGAUGACCUUCUAGCAUUUCUCAGCAAUACUGCUCUUACAAACUCAUGGUAAUAAAAUGUUCACAACACACUGUGUCACUCAUUAGGGGUGGAGAGGAGUGUCUAAAAUAUGUUCAACCCUCAAAAGAAGAUACCUGCUCAAAGUAUGACCAAUUGUAAGAAAUUUACCCGACCAGAAUAAUGAGAGACAAGACUCACCUUAAUUCCUCCAGAGAUUCUGUGAAGAUUAUAUGCAAAUGGAUGUUUCCUGUUAAAUAAUUGUCUUUCAAAUCCAUAGAUAAAAAAACCCUUUCAGCAAAGUAAGGUGUCACAAUUCCUUAUUUUUGUCCUCCCAGUGUAACUACUCGGGUUACUCAUGCUGGUGAUAGUGUCUAUGGAGCUUCCCCAAAAGGAGAAUCCAUAUUGCUGCCCAGUGCACGAUCUCUGUCUUUGCUUGAGUCUGAAUUCUCAGUGCUCUGGGCCAGUUUCAUGAGAAGGAGCUGACCCCUGGUUUCUUUGCUGAUGGCUGAUGGGUGAAGAACAGCACCAAAGAACCUUCCUUCAGAAAUUUUAAAUAAUGUGGCUAGGGUGCUCUGUUUUCUUAACCUGCAAAGGUGAUACUGACAGGAGUGUAAGACAUACAAAACCCCACUUCUUAUUUUCAUUUCCUUUAAGGCAUUGGAGCUACAAGGAUGCUUCUAGGUUCAGUUUGGAGGUUAUUCUUUAUAAACAAGCUUUGAUGUAUUUAAGUGUAACAUUUUCUUUAUAGCUGCAAGCCUUAAAACUAGAUUAAUAAAACUGUAGUUUAUUCACUAAAGGCCUACAGCCAAUUUCCUGGCUGAUAAAUAGCACAGCAUGUAACUCUCCCCUCACUAUGUAUCUCUAUCCCUCUCUGCCCUAUGUGCCUUUGUUUCAUUCUUUCUCAUGCUGAUCCCCACAUUGGUGGAGUGAGGCAUGCAGGCCUCAGGAUCUUCCAACAAAUAAGCAGCCUUGAGAAGGGGGGUUUCAAAGAGAGGGGACAUCUACAGCACUCCCUCUGGAACCCAAGGGAGGAUCAUCCUUGGCCAGCCACUCCCCAGUCUUUUAAAAGUGCCCCCUAAGCUGUGCGUGAUCCUUGUUCUCAUGAUAAUUCAGGAAGGCAUCCCUGCUGCCAUGGCAAUGAGGAAAACACAGCUAGUGAGCUGACAUUUGCUGCCUCCCAUCAUAGGUGUCAGAGGGCUGAACCAUAACUCCCAGAUUAUCAGCUUUCGGAUUUGUUUGUUUUUUAAAAAACAAAUCCUUCUCUAGCUGUUGUAGAACCUGAGACAGGAAGCAAAAUGUGUCGGCACCAAUUCUGCCCGUUUACAAAGCAAGCCAGCUCCUGCUUUAUAGGGUUGUUCAUUAACAAAUGAAGUCGUGGUUCAUUUAGGACAGCAGAGCUAGCCAAUUAGACAAAAGGAAGGCUAGAAUGACACACCCACUGGUUGUAGGAGCAACUUCCUGUUUCACUUUUAUCUGGACAGUAGUGUGUCUACCCCGCCAAAAGGUAGCAUCUUUCUAACUAAGGACUUGUUUCAUACCCUAAAAUGUAACCCACGCAUACCCAGGGCUGUACACGUUUUUUAAUAACCCUGUGAAAUAUACUCAGAGUCGCAAAGUGAUUUCAUGCUCUUUAUUCAGCUCAUAGUGGUGAGGAGGGAAUGAAUGUCCCCUCAAAGUAUCUGCUUUAUAUACAUUAUUUACACAAUGGGCUGCACGUGAUUGGCUAAUUCCGGAAUUCUCCUGUAGGCCAAUCAGGUUGUGGAUUCACUUCUAUCUGGAGCUGGAUUGGGUGGCUCCUGCUGACCAAUCAUACUGCUGCAUUGUUCUAGGACCUAUCAGACUGCUGCAUUCUGAAUCCUAUUGUUCUAGGACCAAUCAGACUGCUGCAUUUUGGAUCCUAUUGUUCUAGGACCAAUCAGACUGCUGCAGUUUGGAUCCUAUUCAACUCAGUACAUAACACCCUGCCAGUACAGAUAAAGUCCAUCCAUAUUAAACCUGUAUUGCAAGUGGGGGGAGGGCCUGGCUGAGAGGACAUGGCUUAGCUCAGUGUUGUUAUAACAAUACAACAACAGGGGGAAAGGGGGCAUUGGGGUGACAAAUAACAACUGUUCAGUGCAGUUAACUAGUCUCCUGGCAUGUUAUCUUUUUUUAGGGAGAUGCAAGGGAGCUGUGAAAUUGAUUCUAGCAACAAAAGGCAAGAAUGGAGAGUUUCAGCAGUUAAUUAAAGGCCAGGGAAAGAACAGGGUUUUAGUCAAGGGUGAGAAGAUGUCAUCUAGACACCAGAUGUACCUUUUGAUGGCUAGCAAAUCUGCCCAUUGAGACGCAAUAGCGGGGUAGAGGCUAGGACUGCUCAUCUUGGUAGACCCAGUGCCCAUGCCUUAUGAGAAAUGGUAGACCUGCUAUCUGAUGCUAGUUAUAUAUGUAUGUAUGGGCAACUUGCACACAUUUAACUUGCACAAUUUCAGCAUUAUGUGCUUGCCAGCCAGCAGCUUAAAUCAUACACAUUAAGCACACACAGGGUGGAGAGCUUAAAAGCUCUUUCCAAGCCAGGUUUUCCUGUUGAUGUACAGAUAUAUACAUCUAUUAUAUAUCUCUUACCUUAUAACUUGCAUGUCAUAGAUCUAGUUGUAUGAGCGGACUCAAAAUGUUCUCUUUGAGAAAUCUAUACAUUCGUUAAUUUGUUUUACUGAAAGCAGUCCCCCCACCAUAAGGUUGCAAUACAGAUUAGGACUAAGUGAUAUAUUGCAUAUUAUCUUGUUGACUGGGUUUGCUUCCAUUGUUGUAUCAUCCUUUUUAAAGACCAUGGUUCCAGCAGAGAUGAGGAAGGUCAAGCCAAAGAUUUCAAGAAAUGCCAACAUAAGCUGGCAAUUUCUUUAACAUUUUUCACAUAUGGGGCUGUCGAACAUGCUUUUGAUUUGUACUAUGGAUCAAUGGUGCUGAUGUGGAAAUGAAAGAGGAGGAAACUUUGAAUGUGCAUUAUUUAAAGCCAAUGUAGGUUUUUCUCAGACAUUAGACGUAACCGGAGACGUGAAAAUAUCUUUGGUAAUGUGUGUUAGCAUUGAUAACUGGGAUUGACAAGGAGCUCCUUUGCUUCUGUAUUCGGCCGUGUGAAUUCCAUGCUGUUUCUGAGCCACUUAUCUAUGCAUAAUCAUUUUGAUGAAUGGUGAUAGCAAGGGGCUGAGGCCUUUGGAAGUAGUAUUGUGCCUGUAAACAUAUGGGCCAAUGAUUUCAUAUGAAAUACCUUGCUAGUCAGUGGAAAAAAAAUAUUUCCUAAAUGGAAGGUUAAGAAAGAUCCAUCUGAUUUCAAAAUGAUGGUGUUCUCAACCAACAGGAGAAUAGGUGAUUUAUAUACUUGUUGGUCUGCCAUUGUAAAAACAGCUGCAGCAGUGCAGUCUAUUUCUUUCCUUGCCAGACAUUUCUCUUUUUACCUGAUCUUUACAACAGAGAUAAAAGCUCCUUCAGAGUGAGAUCAUGGGGGAUAGGAUGGGGAUCUUAUAAGGGAGGUAUUUCCAGAUGCACACAGAUAAAAAAAUAUUAUUAUAAAACGUGAGACUGAUGAACAAAGGGAUGGGCAUCUUCAUGUACAUCUGCCCUUUGAAAACAAAUGUCGGCUAUAUAUGCAGUUUCUUGUUAGAAAUGUGAGCCACAACUUAAUGCAGAGGUUUAAUAUGGUGGUGGCUGGCACAGCAGGGUGGUGUGUCUUUUGACAGGGGUUUCUCAGGGCCUUGUCUUCCUGUUGUGUUUACUCAGGUCUCGCUCAAUCAGUGGAGCUUCCUCUGGCCUGUCGACCAGCCCACUCAGCAGUCCAAGGGUAAGUGAGAUUAUUUAGGGUCAUGGUUUAUAACUACUCUCUCAUGUGAGCUCGAUGACAUCUAAUAUCUCUUUCCCCAUUUUGAAUGGUGGUUUUGUUAGCUAGGGAUGUGGGGCAGUUAUAAAGCACAGCUUGCUGUUUGUGAAUGUUGGAAUAGGGUCCUUCUGCAGGGCUGCCUGUCUUCUGGCAUCGUUGCCACCUAAGGUAUCAUUGUGGCCUAACAUGAUGCCAACGUAUAUAACCCUGUUAAGAGAGUUUAUCAUACGUUGAAGAAAACAUCUGCGGCUUAUUGCAAGCCCAUGGUGAGGCACUGAACCAUAACAGCUAGAGCUACUUUGGGACUGGAUAGCACAGCUGAAGAAAGCUGGAAAAACAAUGAACUCUAGUCUGAACAAGAAUCAUACAGAGUUGGAUUAGGAUGUUCCAGUAAGGAAGCUGAAAGUCGCUUGGGUUUGAGGGGCAGAAAGAGAAUCAUUCCGAAGAAGUAAGAAAUUGUGCAGUCUUAGAGAGUCUGCUUGAACAGGCCCUUUUUUGUUAGUCCUUUGGCAAGCCAAAGCUUGAUUGGUUCUUUUUUAAAAAACAGGCAGUAGCUUGUCUAAAUAUAUGUUUUAACUCACGGGUGGCUAAAAUAAUGUUGGCUCAAGGGUAGUGCUGAAAGUCAGGUACUUCUCUAAGGGAUGCAUGCCAAUAAUGGGUGUGGCCAAUGCAUAUUUCUACAUGCACACACCACAGACAUACAUUCCACACAAGCACACUCACCACCAUACAAAACACACACAAACAGCAUGUAUCCUCACUACACCUACAGGCAUGCGCACGUUCCCCCACCCUCUGUUACACAAAUAGUUACGCACACCUGCACGCACACACACACACACACACACACGAUGCAGGCAGGGAACCAGUUCAUUUACACUUCUUCGGUUCUUAGUCAAUUCAGCUUCUGUUCUUACAUACAGUUAUAUGCAAUUAUCACAGUUUUAUGCAAUUUUCACUUCUUAUAUAAGUUAAUUGCCCAAACUGCAGGGCAAUACAUUGUUACACAUUUGUGAUUCUUCUAAUGAGCUUGCACUCAUUCACAAAUGAACAGUAAAUACAAUUUUAUUGUUACUUUUUUCCUAAUCCAUUCUCUAUGAAAGGAAUAUGUUCUGCAUUUUUUUAAAAAAUACUUUUAUUCUAACAGUAUUCUUUUUUGCAUUUUGUUCCCUGAGUGUAUUGAAUUUCUAUUUUAAAGUUUUUCUGGGACUGUUCUUGACUCUAACACUUGCUAUUUAAGUUUUGUUGUUGUUUUACAAAACAACAUAAUCCCCUUUUCUGACUUCAUUUAUGGCUGAUUAUGAAUUGUUUUUUGGGGGGGGUUACUGCAUAAAACACAAUGAUCAGUCACAGAAUGGAAUUCUGGUACUGUGUCAUAAAAACUGAGGAAUGUUUUUCUCUUAUGUUUUUUAAAAGUAUAAGACUGUCUGAUGACGGGAGGACUUAGAUGUAAUAGGGGCACUUAGAAAGCAAACCUUCUUUGGUGACCUUGGGGUAUUUUACUUAAACCCUAAAGUGGCCGUAGUUCCACGAUCUCUUAAAAUUUGAAGCCCAAACUGGCCCAUGGUUCCAUGAGCUGUUAAGAUUUCAUAUAGUAAAGCCUGCCAGAGAAAACUGGCUCCCUCUGGGUGGAAGGCCAGGAAAGGAAUAGUGAUGAAAUGAUAGAGGCUUUUCCCUCCUCAGCCUCACCCACACCCUCUCUCCAUAUUAUUGAAACUUGUGGUGCUUUGGCUGAGGAGAGUCGACGUGUGUAGUAAUCUGUGUGCUUCUAUCAUUACCUGCUGCACACAUGUUAUUUUGAUCUACAUUUCCUUGCUGUUUUUGAUUGUGGUAGACGUUUUGAGCUGGGAGAGAGGGCACACUCAGCCUUACAUGCUUACGUGUCAGGUUCCCCUGUGGCUUGAAUGAUGCUUCCUUCCCCUUCCUCACCUCCCUUCAGCCCUGGUCUUCUCUCUCUCUCUAUCUGUGAGACAGUCAGAACAGCUCAGGGGUACGGCCUUUUCUCUCUCGCUCUCUCUUGCUCUCUCUUGCUGCUUCCCCUCCCUUGCCCACCCUUUUAGUUUCUUAUUUUCUUUUCCUUCAUGUUAGUUUUUGCUCUGUGGUUUUUUUAUUUGCUGACACAUGGUUGGUUAAUAUGAUGAAGCUUGUGACAAAACUGUUGUUUUCACUACCGCCACUGCUGCUGUUGUUGACUAUGCUGUGUUCCCAGCUAACUGCAUGUCUUUUUGUUUUUUGUUUGUGUUUGUUUUUUGUUUCUUUGCAAUUCCCUAACCCCCCACCUCCUUCACCCUCACCUCCAUAACUCUGAUCUCCUUGUGAUGUGGCUCACAACCGCAACUCAAAUGGGCUUUGUUUCUCUAUUCACCCACUUUGUGCGUAUGUGCGUGUGCGUUUUGCUUUUCUUGAAAUGCAUGGGUACUUUCUCUGUGUGUAUCUUGUAGCCUAUCAGAAAAUUUUUCAUCCCCCCUCAGACUCCUGACCUCCCUUUCACCCCCCGCCCCCAAGUCUCCCUGGACUCCGAUGCUUGUAGGAAUGCUUCCAGGCCCGGACAUGUUCUCCAGCCAAAGCCAGCACUUCAACCCAAUCCAAAGACACAGACUUUGCCAUCCAAGAGCAGAUUGGCUGAAAAACCACUCCAGUCUACCAAAUCCAAUCCCCUGCCCUCUAGCAAUGCUACAGUCCCUCCUUCCCCAAAUUCUCCUGCACAGAACACUCAGGGCCGUCCACCUGCUCCUGGGUUUAGCCCGCAGCUGGCUGUUCCUACCAUGCAAACCAACCCUAUGUCUCCUGUUAGAUUGCUCCCUUCUAGUACUGACCCAAGCACCAAAUCUAUCCCCAUCAUACAGGUCACCCCUCACCCCUCUCCAAGGGGCAGUCCCCUCCCUACCCCCAAGGGGACACCUGUCCAUACGCCAAAGGAGAGCCCAGCAGGCACACCCAACCCUACGCCACCAUCCAGCCCCAGCAUUGGAGGAAUGCCCUGGAGAACACGGCUCAACUCGAUCAAGAACAGCUUCCUGGGAUCUCCACGCUUCCAUCGCAGGAAAUUGCAAGGUACAUCUGAUCUCAAAAUGCGGUGGUGUUAGGUUGGCAGGUAGAAGUACAUAUCAGUGUAAAGAGUGGUUGGUUAGUAAAUAGCAAAUACAGAGAGUAUAGAAGGAAAUUUGAAAGUUGCUGUUUCACUGCUGUUAACCAAACAAUGAACACGUUGCAAUUCUUCCAGUGUGUGUCAAUUACCAUAUGAACUUCAUUCCCCCUUUUUUUCCCUGACCCUGAGCUUGGAAAACCAAUUUUAAAUUUUCUCAGCAGGAAAACCUAGUUAGGCUUCUGCAAGUCAUAAUACUGUUUGUGAUGCUUGAUGGAAGAUGGAGCCCACUGAGAAGCAAGAGCUAAGUGUAAUGCAGAGGUUUGUCAGGGCUACAACUCCCAUCAUAUAGUGUUGUCAGUAAUUAUUUACCAAGGUGCACAAGCUGCAAAGCACCGUUGACUUAAGGGAGUACACCUAUGGAAUUUUAUUAUAUAGUUUUUUUACAGAAGACCUCUUCUCACAUGGGUCAUCAUUAGGAAAUAUGUCUCUAUUCAUACAUCUCUCUCCCCCAGUAGACUACCUCAGGCAUGUCCAACAGGUAGAUCAUGAUCUACUGGUAGAUCACAGGGGUGUCCUAGGUAGAUCGCCACCCCCCAGGUCGAUCCCCCCCCAAAAGCUAUGGGUAGAUCACUGCCAGUUUUUUUAUAUAUAUACUGUGAGUAGAUCACAGUCUCUUGGAAGUUGGACAUCCCUGGACUACCUGAACAAGACAAAAGUACCAGAUUUUAUACUAAGAUUACAAGUGUUAUACUAUCCAAUCUCUCCAUCCUGUGCCUUCUACUCAUGACUUUGGUACUUGCAUUGCGCUUCUACAGUUGUUUCUGACUUGAGGCACACACUGGCCUGGUUCACACAUGUCACUAAACCAUGGUUUGCCUAGCCAAAGUGUGGCUUUUUGAAUAUCUGGGUCCAUCUUAGCAGACUAACCAUGGUUUGUUUCCUGGCAAACAAGUGUGUGAAACCAUGGUUUGUUUUGGCUUUCAAAUUGUGGCUUGUUUUAACCAUUGUGUCCAAACUCAGUAGAUUUGCUUCAUCAUGAUGUGUGUGGCCAGACACUCACUAAGAUACAAAAGCAUGAGGCAAGAGCAGUUGGAAAACAAACCAUGCUUUGGAGAAGCAAACCAUGGCUUGCUUACUAAUCUAAGCUUGCUGGUGAUUUGCUGAAGAAACCAUGGUUAAAACAAACAAUGACUUAGAAGUAUGUGCAAAUAGAGCUGCUGUGUGCAAUACUUGCAGAUUCAAUUAUAUUCCUCAGAUUUGAGCUUCUCCAAAUCAGAGGUGGCCCGCAUGUGGAAGCAGGGUAAAAACAUCUCCCUCCAGUUAAAUUGUUCCUGAACAUGUUUUUAUUUCUUUAAUUGAUACCUUAAGAUUUAUUUGAGACACAGCUUUUAGAAAGCUAGGAAAACCCAUAGAAAACAAUGGGUUCCAUCUAUAGUUAUUUCAUGACAUGAUUCCCACCCCCUUCAUAGGCCCAGAUCUUCAAGAAACACCUAUCAUAUUGCAUUUCUAUAUGUAUUCAAGAUUAAGGCAGCCACUACACGUUUUCUGAGAAAGUUGAGCACUUUUAAUUUAUUGAUGCCUAGGGUUUGGGAAGGAUUCAAAACAGGAGAUAAUCUUAAAGUUCACUCUUCAUGAAGACAGACCUACAGAUAUAGACAAGUCAACAAAGAUGCUAUAUGGUCCUCAGAGAUAAAAUGGUUUUUUAAAGAAUUGACACCCUUCGUGGAAGAACUGAUGUAUGCAGAAUAUAGCUCCAGGCUGACUUUAUUUAUACCCUAUUACAUGAUUAGUGGGUUUUUGCACAAUUCUUGCUACAACUUUGCCCUGUGCAGUAUUUAUCAAUUGACCUCAUUGGUAUCUGUUCUAAGGAGAUAGUCCUCCCUCCCAGUAUUCAUUACAGGGAACCGCUUAAUAGGCCAGCAUUAUAUAGAAGUGUGUGUACAAAGCAUGAUUAACUGAAGCUCUUGCAUGUUGCUUAUGACACAGCAUUAAAUGAAAAACCUCAUCUCUGAAAAACUUAGAGCCGCUCCCUUUUUGCUGAAUCAUUGAGGCCCAUAUCAUUGAGGCCCAUAGUCUUUUCAGUAUUUUGUAUUUGUAGUAUUAAUGAUAUGGCAAAAUAACAUUAACCCAGCUCCAUGAACCACACAAAGUACUUUACAAAGUUCCCUUCUUCAGCUUCCUUUCAUGUCGGAGCGAGUAAUGAUCAGAGUUCUGAGCAAGGUGCUGUCUUCACUGAUGUGCAUUGUUGUUGUUUUUUGGAUGGAGAGGGACUCCAUGAGGACUCAUGUUAAUAGAGGUUGCAUAAGGCACAAUUACUGCUUUAUAUGUUUAUGAGCAAAUACAUUCCUGUCUGUUACUGGAAAUCUCUUUUCUUUCCUAAUUCAAGGUUGGAUAAAAUAUGCAAAUAGGAAAUUUCCACAGCUCAGCAUUCCAGCUCAUUUGUAUCUUUGCUGAAAUGUCUGCUGUAGUAUAUGGCAGAUUUCUUAUUCUCUGUAUCAAGGGGAAAGGGUAAUAAUAUUCCAUCUACAGACUUUGCACAUAAUCAAAGCAUUGUAGGGCUAAGUGUGCAGCAUACCAGUUUUUAGUUUUUUGUGCAUUAUAGAACUAUUUCAAUGCUACUAGUAAAAAUCAGCCCCAGACAUCUUGGCAGAUACAAUUAUGCUGCAAAUUACUUUCACAACAGUCAUCAAUUCUAAGUUGAAUAGAUACAGUUUAAGAGCCCAGGCCAAACUAUGAAAUCUCAGUAUGUAAGUGUUCAAGUUAGGUACAUGUGGAUAUAGGAGCAGUGUGGGUCAAUUAUUUGAUAUUAAAACAAUAAGUUAUUUGAUAUUAAAACAAUGAAGUGCUUGAAAUAUAUUCUGUGUGAACUUUGAUUCCACGUUUAUUGACUUUGAAUUGGGAAUCAGCAUUUCCUUUUUCUCCUCCUCUUAUGCUUUGUCUCUGUCUGUGUAUGUAUAUAUAGUACCAACGCCAGAAGAGAUGUCGAAUUUAACUCCAGAAUCUUCCCCAGAGUAAGUAACUCACUACAGUACUAUUAGUAUCAGCACCGAUUUGUUUCCUGUGUACUUGACAAUAGAUCAGAGUGGGACAGAAUGUUCUUUAUCUAGCACUCCUAACAAAUGAAUUCAUACCACUCUGGUUGCAGCAGGUCACAAACAAGGUUUCAGGGCAGUUAAUAUACCCCCUCAAGGGUAGUGCUAGGUUAAGGGAUACAUUUAGGACAAGGGUAGCUAGCGCAUAGGACUCAUACAACUCCCCAAGAGGAGUUUUUGGACACCCAAAAUUUGUCAUUUAAAAAAAUAAAAUAAACAGUGUUUUGUUUUUUGUUUUUAAUUACUGUUCUUGUGAAUCUCCUGCUGUUAUGCUAUGGAGCUGAAUAUUGUUGUGGCUUCCAAUUCCCACCCCCACGCCACCCCACUCAAAAAGAGAAAAGUCUCAUUAAUUCUUUUAAAGUUGCUGACUGCUCUUUCCACUCUGAUUCUCUCAUGGCAAAAGACCUUUGUGACCUCACCCAAAGAUUCCCCACAAUUUGACUCUAUAAAAAAUCAAUUGGCUAUUUUUACACUUGGACACGUUAUCCCCCAGGUGUUGACCAUUGGUCAGUGCAGCCCACAGCCUGAUAAUGGUUAGCUACUCCUGAUUUAGGAAACUGCAGGUGCUCAAGAAAACAAAUGGGUUGUUUGUCUGAUAAGGAUUUUUAAGAAAACAAAAACUAGUGCAUAAUUUUUUUCAGUCCUUCAGUGCAUUCCUCUCCACCCUCACUUCAUAGGAAAAGUCUUAAAAAGGAAAACCAUCAUCCAAUUCUUCAUGUAUUUAACAUAUUCCUUUCCAUAGGCUUUAGUGAAUAGCUUUUUCAAGCAAUAUUACAUACACUGGACCCUGUGUCUCUCUUUGGGGUCAAUAGAGCAAACAGCCUGGAAAACUUAAGCAGUGUCUUGACUUCAUAUAUUGUUCAAAGUCACAGUGAACUGCUGACCUUUCUGACUUUCUUUGGAGCCUAGUAGGAAGUAACUCAUACAGUAGAAGGUGGAAGCUGGUGUAGGGAUGGAAGUUUCUAUAACAGGUCAGAAAGGGCUACACAGGAAAUACAGUAGCCAUUCAGAAAUAAUGUGUUUUCUCAAUUGCAUUAGACCCAAAGUAAUUUUAACAAAAAUGUCAUUGAAGAAUUACAUAUGACUAAAUGCCUUUUUGGGGUACUUUGCCUGUGAACAUUUCUCCAGAGAUUCCCUUCUAGGCACUCUUAAGUGCAAAAUAAUCCUCCAUAAUUUGCACAGCAUUUUCUGCUACGUUCCAGAUUGCUGCUUUCUUGGCUGCUGAAAUGAUCUUAUAUUGGUUAAGGCACAGAGUGAAAUAAUCAGGAGCUCUAGAUUAAAUUUUGAACCGGGAAGCUCUCUUAACUGGAGAUGGUGAUAUGGCCCUUGCCGUUUUGAAGUGUGAAAACUGAGUAGUGCAACCCUGAUGCAACAGCAGUCAGGGCAGUAAAGAGUGGUGGAAGGGACUUAAUGGGAUCCUUUUCUUUCUUUUCCACCAUAUUCUCUCUUCCUUCUCUCUCCCCUUCUUUUUGUGUGAGAUCCUUUGUGAAUGUGCUGCCUUUCUCUGUGCCUCACUCUCUCUUAAGAACUGCCGGGUAGAAGUAAAGGCAUUCUUAGUAGGCAGUUUGGAUGCAACUCAAAGCCUAAGGCCUUUCCCCCCUUUCCAAUAUAAUUGCUGAAUUAAUGAGUUCAAUUGGAUGGCACCCUGCAGUAAACAUAAUAAAAGUUGUAAAAAAUAAUGAACUGCGUUUUUAUUUUAAUCGUCCGUGCUUUUAUGCUCUGUGGCCACUCUAAAGUUCUGUAUUGUUUUUGCUCUGAGAGCAAGAUGUCUCCGUCGCAGAAGAGCCCUUAGUGGCCCCAUGAUUGAAAUGUUGCAUAAAUGUGCUUCCUUACUCUGUUGCUGCAUCUUUUAAUGAAUCUAAUUCGUUUAACAGUUCUGAGGACUGGAUAUUAUACCUUGACAUGUCUAGGUAAUGUGUAUCAUUUUAUUUGUGGGAAAGCCUAGAUAAGCUCAUAGAAAUGGAUAAGCCCAUAUCCCCUUCUGGUGUAAAGCAGCAUGACUCCAUCUGCUUUUUAACAUUCUGUUUAGCAGUACAUGUAUUUAAGAAGAAAAAUUUGAUAAUAAUCCAAAUUGUGCAUAAUAUUUUAACCUUUACAAACAUUAAACAGGCACCUCCGUCCAAAACAUUUUCAUGUGCGUGUUUUUUAAAGUCAGCUUCCAGUUGCCUUGUUUGGGCAAUUAUAUUUCAAUUUCAUUGUUCUGCAUGGGACAAUGACAAUAAAGAUAUCGUAUAUAAUGGUGUGGAGCAGGGGAGCAGAGCCAUACCUACUGGCCCUGGCCCUACCAUCACAACUCAGUCAGGACCUCCCUCCUGCUGUCUGCCUGCAUGUUGGUGAGCAUGUUUAAAGUUUGCUCGUUGCACAUAUGCCCCCUCCAUGAGCUAGAACCAAAAAUUGGGGGCGGGGAGCCUAUGAGCAUCCCCUCUGCAGGCAUUAUUCCCACCGCAUGGACAACAGGGAAUGGGCUGUUGAGGAUACGAUGGGGGGGGCAGUUCUGCACAGCAGUCCUCUCCCACUCCGCGCAACUGUCGCCAUGUGGAUUGAAUGCCCAGAUAUGGCUAAUCAGCUUUAUCCUUCCCAUCAAUUAUUGAGAAAAUAAAUUACAUAUGAAAAUUAUCAGAGGAGAUGGAACAUAUCUGUGAAAUUAUUAUUGUUUGGGUGCCGUGAUUUCACUGUACUCACCUUACUUUUGCAGUGGCCAAGGGAUAUUCUUAGGUGUCCUUUCUUUCAUUCCACAAAUCAUCUCACCAGUGGUGUCUGCACUCCAGCAGCCUUCCCGGGUGUCCAUGCUUCAGUUAAAGCUCAGGAGAAGACAUUAUGAGAUAACUCCUCCCAUGAGCCUUUUUCAGAUUAGGAAGCACAGGCAGCUGGGGAGAUUGCAGAGUGCUGCAGAAAGGUUUACACAUACCAACCUCCGCUACCUUGCAAUAAUAAAGUUAGCUCAAAAUCUCAAUACCCACCAAAAUUUGAAAGAAAUUGUUUUUCUAGUGCCCUGAGAAUGAGACAGAAAAAUGGAAGCCUCUUUCACAGGGGAAGAAGACUUCAAAGAAACUGGAGAAGCAUUUGCCACAUUGUACUAGUUCACAUUCUCUAUCCAUACACAUUCUAGAACAAUUAGAUGUAAAAGGAUAACUAGAGUGGGAUCCUAGCAUUACUUGCUAGUUCAGUCUUUAUCCUGAGGACGUAUCUGUUAAUGCAAAGGAACUUAAGAUAUAAGAAAAAUAUGUAAACAAAAGGUCUUUAAAGCACCUUGGUCAACUUCACAGAUAGAUAGAUAUAUAUAUAUAAUGCUUUUUUAUCUGCGGGUGACAGGGACCAUAUUCUACUGUGGCAGCACAGACCUGGGGAUUGAGUCCAAAAACUACCAUAAAAAUGAUACAUUGAACAGGUUUCAAACACAUUUUAGGCAAAACUCUGUGAUCUUUCUCAUUGGUAUCUUGUUAAAGUAGACUCAUCACCCUAUUGGGUAAGCAAAUCUUCCCACUCCAGUCAUCAGAUGGGUCAUAUGAACGGGGAGGGAUAAUAAUCAACCUUCUCAGCUGAUCUGCAUGGGCCAGCUGAGGAGGGCAUUUUGCCUACCUGUGUUGGUGAGUGAGAAUAUGGGGUGGCCAUACUCACUGCUAGUAUACAACAUGCAGCCCUUGCAGCGUUGGCCAAGGGUGAACGCAGCCCUUGGGCAUAAAAAAGGUUAGCCUUCCCUAGUGUACAGGACUGCAGGCACAGGAAGCAAUUCAUGGAGAGAGCUGCCUUUGAGCCACAAGCCAAUAGAAACAUAAUGGAAUUGGUGGUUGCCUAACUUUUAUUCUCUUGGUGUUUCUGUUUGCUAUCACCUUCUAUAAAUCUGACAUUUUAAAAAAGAAAAAAGCAUUGCACCAUGUGUGCCAGAUGAUGGAGCUAUGCUGAUUUGCAGCAGGGCCUCAAUUCAGCAAAGUCCUGAAUCAUGGGACUUGUUUGAACUGGGCUGUAUGUAUGUGUCCACUAGUAUUUUGACUUAGAAUUUAGCCCAUAGGGGCUUCAGAAAUCCCCUGUAGAAGCUAGAGCCUCUAAUACAAACUGAGAUGGUGUAUAAGCAUGUUUUACAAUGCAAUCCUAUACAUAGCUACUCAGGAAUAAGUCUUGUUGAAUUCAGUGUGGCUUACUCCUAGUUAAGUGGAAAUAGAAUUGCAGCACUGGUCAACAGAGAGACAAUUCUGUUUAAAUCCAUGGGUUUAUUUUAGAUAUAGAGAAUGAUUGUCAUUGUUUGUCUACAACAUGAUGUAAAAUUGCGUACUUUCUCCAGUACACCUUGUUGCUUUCUACCAAUCUCUUGGGGUGGAAAACCUUUCUUAAGAUAGAUGUCAGGUUGAUUCUGCAGUGUUUUUCAAGGUUGUUUUCCCCCUAUGGACUUCCUGCCCUUCAGAUAUGUUGUGCAAGCUUUUUCUCUGAAUCCUAAGGUUGCCCCCAGUGUGUAUUCUUCUCUUUACUUCUUUUUUAUGUUUCACUCUCCUUCCUUUAGGGUUAUUUUCAUUAUCAAACCCCCAAAACCAUCUCCUAAGUCAGUAAUGACACCCUACCUUCCAAAAGAAAAAGGGGGAAAGGCCGUAGAACAAUGCUUCCCAACAACAUCCUGUCUUGGGCUUCUGAACAUUUUCAAGGGAAGAGAGUUCUGCAGUUGUGGUUCAGCCACUGAGAAUAUCUCCCUGUGCUCCCUUACUGUUUGAAUCUCACCCAUCGAUUGUAUUGCUAAACAGAUUACCUCAGUCAAUCUUGGGAGUUUCAUAAGGGAGGAGGUGGCCUUUAAGGGCUACUGGGGUAAGGCUUUAUAUAUCAAAAUUAGCACCCUGAAUUAUGUCCCUAAAGCAAUAGUGCAGCAACUGGGAGCACUGCUAGUGCUGAAUAUGACAGCCAGCUUUCAAUCUGGAAAUUCCAACCCACCUUUAAAGUAAAACGUUGGGCCAGAUUCAACUAACCGGUCCUGCUAGCAGAUGCCCGCAUAAGGACUUCCACUAGAGCAGUGAAGUUUGACCCCCAUCCUCCCCCUGCCCCAAUUGGGGGGAGGGUGGAGAACCACCAGAACAGCAUGGCAGGAGAAGGGGAGAUUCUUACACCAGAACAAUCUCUCUAGCACCACGCUGAAUUCUUCCCAUUACAUUCAUCUAGGUUUGAGGUGAUAAUAUAUGAAUUGCAAUUACAAGGUAGCCAAUAUAGAACCUUCAGAUAUCACACUACAGGACCUAUCAUCCCUGCCCAUUUUGCUGGAGUUGAUGGGGUUGUAGUCCAACAUUUGGAAUACUAUCCCUGACCCAGAUCAUAGCAGGACCCAGAAUGGCAGGGUUAAGGUAAGGAUCCUCCAGAUCCCCCAGUUCUCAGGGUUCCCAUUUUCCUGUGCUGGGGACUUAAGGUUUCUCUUCGGGUACACUGAUUUUCUGGGUCCUAAGAUGUGCUUGGGGGGACCGUUGCAGGGUCCUCUGUUGAGAAGUGGGUCUUGUCUGAUUCUUGUUCUAUGUGCAGAUUGGUCUAGAAAGAUCCCAACAGCCCCCACAAAAUGGAAUAUGAGUUGCAGUAAUGAAUCUAGGGAACCCUCAGGAUUCAAGCCUGAGUGUGCAGGGUGCUAAACCCAAUCAGAAUUCAGAUUCCCAUACAUACUGCUUCACUUUAUUUAAAAAAUUAUUACUUUAGCCUUCAGCUGAUGUAUCUACAAUAUGUCCAGACAGUGAGUAAGCUGUAAGACUGCAGGUUCUGAAUGGGGUGGUCUUAGACAAUAGUAUCUACAGACCCACUGGUACAGUCAAUAGGAAUAUGUACCAUAUAGUUCUGGAAUUACUUUGAUCACACGAGUAUCUAGGAAUACACCAAACUAACUGAGCCACUGGUGUAUAUAAAUCUCUCCUUCCUUGCCCCCAACCCUUACUUGUUAAACUAGUACCUGAUAAGUCUAUGCAAUAUGGAUAUUCUGCCAGGUCUGCUGAAUUUCCCUCCUUCAUUAUAAAACAUCAGUGCCACUAUCUAUGCCUCUUUGCCCUGCAGACCCAGCACAGUUACAUCAGGAGAACUCGCAAGAAUCUAUUCUGUCUUGUAUCUCAUCAGAAGAACUCUGUAUUGCAAGCAGUUACAGGCUCCAGGGUAUCAGUGGAAGCUUAAGCAGGCCCCUAUAACCUUUAUUCCUGGUGAUCAUUCAUGAGAUACAGUUUUACCAACAGUAUGCACCUUUUUAUCCCUUCUUCUUCUUUUAAAAUGGGGUUUUCUUUUAAAUCUCCUACCAUUGGAUGUGAAUUAAAACAUUCAUUUCAGAACAGCCCCUACUCUUGUGAUUAUAUGAAGUGUCAGAAUGGAUACCGUACAUCCUUUAUCACGGCUCAGAGGCAAUUGAAAUAUGCCAGUUUUUAAUUUUACAAAAUGGUCUUCAAUAUUUUUAAUGUCAAUUUCAUAAUGUUCAUAAUGCUUAAGGCCUUAUUGGGAAAGCAAGUUUCGCUUCUCUCUAAUGCAAUGUUUUGCUUGGUUGGCAGCACUUUAAAAAGAAAGCAGUGUACCAUUUCAUUUAAAAAACUUUUACUUAGUACACUUGUUAGGGAGUAAGGCUCAUUGAACACAGUGGCCUGAGUUUACUCCUGAGUAAACAUGCUUAGAAAAUUGUGCCGUGAAUCUUGAAUAACUGAGGCUGCAUGCUCCCACCCUUUUUUUCCUCCCCCUGUGUAGAGUUAAUAAUUUUUCGGAUAGCACUUAUUCUCUCUGUUGGAAGCAGCACUGCUUAGAUCAUGCAGACUAGUGCUGUGCCAAAAACUCUCCUUCAGUUUCUCCAAAGUUUUCUUUCCUUGCAAAAUAUCUUUUCCUUUUUUCCACCUCAUUCUCAGGAGACUUGAGAAUUUCCUUGAGUUUUAAGCUUGCUUUAUUGCAGGGUAGGAUUGCAUUUUUCCUUUUAUUUUCUGUAAACAUUUUGCCAGCACACUGCAGCCUCUUCAGCUGCCCUGCUUCCUAACUUGGAAAAACUCUGUGGGAGGAGUUACCUCAUGAUGCCUUUCCCUGAGCUGUAACUGAAUUGCAGAAAGCUGCAGGGCGCAGGAAGGCUGCAGGGCACAGGCCAUUGGUGAGCUAGCUUUGCAGAAUGAAAGGACCAUCAAAAACACCCCUCAUCCACCACAGAAGUAAAGUAAGUUCAUCAAAAACUCUGCAACCCACCCAUGAGGAUUUCGCUAGAAUUGUCUCUCCCUGUUUAAAUGAGAGAAGGAAAUAAACCCCAGUUAUUAAAAUGUAUAUAUUGUGGCAUAUGGAAAGGUAGCAUGUGUUUAGUGGGUUGUGGACAUAUCCAGCAGCAUGCACCCGCUGUGUGGUCCAUGUACCUGUGCUAGAAAAAGCACUUGCUCCAUCCUUCAUUUGUUUCUAUUCAGAGGUGUAUUGAAGCAACCUGAAGUCUGAAGGGACUGGGGCAGUUGGAUGGAUAACUAUACAUAUAAAUAUCUAAUCAGCAAAGGCUUUUAAUGUGCAAGGAACAGACAGCAUAAUUGUUCUGAGGCCUACAGAGUCAUUCUGGUGUGUUUGAGGAAGACAAAAGCUUAGGCUUCUUAAUAGCCUACUUAAAUGAGUGGCCCUUUCUCUUUACUGUUCCCCAUGCUAAUCUUUGGCUUAUGGUCAGCUACAGCUGCUUAUUAAUAUUUCAGAGAGUUGUGCUUUCCCAACCCAGUUUUAACAGAGGAACUGGGAGAGAUUUGCCAAAUUGUGAUUGUUUUCUUUUCCUCUGUUAGGCAGGCAGGCAGAUGUAGAUGCUUUUUUUUUUUUUUUUAAAGCCAGCUUGCUUUCGAAAGCUAAGAGUGUAAAACAUUUCUCUCUUAAAUGUGUGAUAUUACUAUAGAUUAAAUAACCUCAGGACUAGACAUUGUAAUGAGUUUCCAGGAGGCUGUCAAUGAGCACAGUGCACGCUGGAUUUUUAGGGUGCCAGAGAACACAUUCCAUUCAUGUGCAGAGUGCUUACAGAAAGCAGGGUGUGCAUGGACAGCUUGUGUGCAUAUCAGUGGCACACACAAAGAGUCCUACCAAUGUCCUCCUUAUUCAGCUCCCUGCUGUAUCUUGUAAAGCUGUUUCACGGUUGUAUCCAUUAGUGCCUUUGCCCUUCUAGGUUUACUUGACAGUACCUAGUCUUCUGUUUCCAACUGUACAUACUGUUGUAGUAAAGCCAAAUGCAUCACUGGGGUGCUUUCUGUCUCUGAGCAAAUAUGACUCUCUUGACACAAUGACUUAUACCAUUACACACAGCGUAGCUAAGGCCUAGUUGGCUGUGUAUUAUAAUUGCCUGUGCUUUUCUUCUCUAAAUCUUCUCUUUACUUUCUGUUUUUUCGCCUUUUCUUUCUCUCCCUCCUGGAUUGGUCAGGCUUGCCAAAAAAUCCUGGUUUGGUAACUUUAUCAACCUAGAGAAAGAAGAACAGAUCUUUGUGGUUAUUAAGGACAAACCGCUGAGUUCUAUCAAGGCUGACAUAGUCCAUGCAUUCCUCUCGGUAAGUACGGACAUAAACAUAAACACACAAGUGAAACUUGAUGAGCUGUGGUUCCUCAGCCUGCAGUUCCAGACACAUUCCACACUAGUGCCCUUUAAAACUAAAAUUUCUUUCUGUUCUCUCCUGUGGCCACAAUGUUUCUUGGUUAUUGACUAAUCAGUUCCUGUUAUCUGUGGGAGGCGGUUUUAUUUUGGGUUUCUUUUCAGCUGGAGUAAUUGCUUUUUAGAAAUUUUAUUUUUUAUUACCUUAACCAUGUAAUUGUGAUAAUAGAAUUAACAUUUGCUUUGAUUGCAAAGACAAAACUAGUAAUUAUCACCAACCACACAAGGAACAGGAACUGACUAAUGUAAGAGCCAGAAGCAGAAGUCACUUUAAAACAAAGAAUGGAGGGAAAUUAAAGAGACAGUAGCCCCAAGAAGGCUCAAUGCCAUUCUGAACUGCAUUUUAACAAAAUGAGUAGGGGUGCUUUAUAGUACUAGAAUGCAGGAGAAUAUACAGUGGUAGGAAAGCUUCUUUCCAUUGAUGUAGUGUUUUUUAUUGUUACUAUGGCUAUAUAGCAUGUACAGACUAAAUGUAAUCUUUAUUUUUUUAUUUUAAAAAAUACAAGCUAUUUUUAAAAAUCACAGCUCAGAUCUGAAAAAGGUGGGAGGACAAUAUGAAGAAUUCUGGAGUACAUUGAGUUGGAAAUGCUGUCAUCUAAAUUCUCUGUAAAAACUGAGUGAAGAGAUUAUGUCUGCUCCAUAUUAAAUGGCUAGUGUAUAAGUGACCUUUGCCUCUUUGUUCUUCAAUUACACCAUCUUUCCCUCACCGUUACUCAUUUUCUUUUUUAUGUAUUCAUUUCUCACUCAUAUAUGCCAGACUCAGAGCUGGCUUUCUUAGCAGAACUUCCCUGAGAAAUAAGAUUUUAAAAAGAUUAACUUCUUAGGCAUAUUUUUCAGGUUCCCCAGAGCAUGGUGUAUAAAUCCAGCCAUACUCCAAGCAAAAUUGCACAUAAAAUCACUGUGGCUAUACAUAACAGGGUGAUUCCUUUACAUUCCCAUCUAGUAGCUUAUUUCUUGCCCUUUUCUGGGGGCCAAAGCAAACUCUGCCCUUGGGAGAAGACAAUCUCAAGACAUGUUCUGGAACUCUCACUGAAACAGUUAAUCUUUGGGGCUUCUUUUAAAGUGGAGUGUGAUACAGUCGUAUGUGUAAGAGCAAAAAUCUCAAAUGAUCUUUGCCAGUUUUAAGUCCCUCAGAGUGCAACUCUGUAUAGAUCUACUCAGAAGUUGGCAUUGGGUGAAAUCUAAUGUUAGUCAUACUCAGAGUUGACCUGUUGAAAUAAAUGGGCAUAAGUAACUCAAGUCUAUUGAUUUUGGUGUAUCUGAGUAUGGGUUAAGUUGGAUAACAAUAGGAUAUACCCAGAUAAAAGUGUAUAAGAUUACAGCCCCAAAUAAUUAUUGGGAGCUAGUGUGGCAGAGUAGUUAACAGCAUGAGCAACACAGUGCUGAUUCAAAUCUCAGCUCAUUGGGGACCAAAGUCAAACUGCUUCCUCACAGCCCUCCCCAAACCUGUAAUAUGGAGGUAAUAAGAGUUGCAGGUUUGUUCUAAGGUGCAUGAAAAUAAUGUGUGCAAAGUGCUUUCAACACUAUAUUAAUAACUUCAAAAUUUUUCUUCUUCUCCUUUCCACAUUAUCAGUCCAAGAAUGCUUCCUAUACAUUUUGACACUUGUGCGAUAGCUGUCAACGUUUUCCUUUUUUUAAAGGGAAAUUCCCUUAUUCCAAAUAGGAUUUCCCUUAAAAAAAGGAAAAAGUUGACAGCUAUGACUUGUGCAAUACUCCCACAAACCCACGCGACAGUGUUUUACCGUGGUCCCACUCAAAUCUGCAGGGCUGGUCCAGAGAAGAGCACAGAAUGACUAUGUGCCUGCGCUCUGUAAACUUUGUUCUUGAAUGCCUUGGGAGACUAUUUUGCCCCCAGUGCUGCUUAACAUCCAUAUGAAAGAUUCUGGAGGCAAUCAUUAGGAGAUUUGGAGUGUGGUGUCAACAAUGUGCAAAUGUCACCUUGCUCUGUUUCUCUGUAACACCUGAAUCAAGAGAAGCCAUGGGUGUUCCAGACUGGUGCCUAGACACAGUGGUGGACUAGAUCAGAGCCAGUAAACUGAAAUUGAAUCCUGGUAAGGCGGAGAUGCUGUGUGUGAGCAGUUCUCGGAGCCAGGAGUUUGGGCAUUUAACAAUUUUUAAUAAAUGGCUAGCUGAUGAGAUCUUAUUGAAGUUCAUUUUUUAUUGCUGCAGAUCAGACUGGAAUGCUCCUUCAUUCUUAAAGAAAGGGCAGUCCCACAAAACAGCAGUCUUUCCCAUUCAGAUUUUGAUGCUUUUUAAAUUGGUGUGUUGCCACUGGUUUUAGAGUGGUAGUACCAUUUGUUCUUCAUGUUGUUGUUUCCCACUAGAUCCCCAGCCUCAGUCACAGCGUCAUCUCACAGACAAGCUUCCGCGCAGAGUACAAAUCCACAGGGGGCCCUGCUGUCUUUCAGAAGCCAGUGAAGUUCCAAGUGGACAUAACAUACACAGAAGGUGGGGAGGCCCAGAAAGAGAACGGGAUCUACUCAGUCACUUUCACACUUUUAUCAGGUAAUUGUCACAAGCUUGCUGUCUGCAUGGAGGAGGAGGAGGAGCACAGACAAAAUAGCGAGGGCGGCCUUAAUUGUAGUUAA